AUGGUGUUUACUGUCCAGGUUUGGACGGACUGGGAGGCUUGUUCCGUGACCUGCGGAACGGGCGCCCGUGGCCCAGCUCCUCCCUCUCUUCACACACCUGUGUGCCUGAAAACAAAAAGCGAAUGUCUAAACGAGGUGUCCAGGAGGACGCGGGCGAGGAAGAAGUACGAGAAGGAUGGCGGCCACGUCUGCUGGGGUACCGAAGAUGACGAGCAGGCCUGCUCGCUGGAGGCUUGCCCCGUCGAUUGUUUGCUGGGAGAUUGGUCUCAGUGGUCGCCGUGUUCCAUGACCUGUGGAAAAGGUUCGCAGACACGACUCCGAGGUAUUCGGAAUGGCCCCGCGUACGGCGGCAAGGUCCGCCCCUGGCAGAGCGGAGAAGAGCGGAGCAGAGCGGAGCUAGCUCUCGUCGCUCUCGCGGUCAGGUGGUCUCUCUGGGACGCCUGGAGCGCUUGCAGCCGCAGCUGCAACGGCGGCACCUACACUCGCCAGCGCGCCGAGCAGGUUCCGGCGGCACAUGGCGGCCGCUCCUGCUCGGGAUCCGCAGACGAAGACGGCGUCUGCAACGUGCAAGGCUGUCCUGUGGAUUGCAAGUGGGUGCCGUGGAGCGACUGGGGAAGCUGCUCUGCUUCCUGCGGUGGCGGCACCAGGAUGCAGACGAGAGUCGUCGAGGUGGCGCCGGAAUGGGGUGGCCUGGAGUGCGAGACCGACGCAUCGGGUGGCCCCAAGACCCAGAAGACGGAGAGCUGCAACGAGCAGCCCUGCCCUGUGGAUUGCCAAUGGUCCAGCUGGAGCAAGUUCUCCCUCUGCUCCAAGACCUGCGAUGCGGGGACCAUGUCCCGGAAGCGCAUCAAGGCGCCGGAGUCCAACGGCGGAAAGCCCUGCACCGGCGACGCGGAGGAGUCCAACUUCUGCAACACGCAGGGCUGUCCGCGAGACUGCCAGUGGAGCGAAUGGACCCAGUGGACUCCGUGCUCGAAGCUUUGUGGAGGGGGCAAGAUCAAGCGCUUCCGCGACAUUGCCAUCCCAAGGAAGAACGGCGGGGAGCCCUGUGUCGGUCAGGCGGAGCAGGAGGCGGACUGCAACGUGCUGGACUGUCCCGUGGCCUGCGAGUGGAACGAUUGGUCUGACUGGAGCGUCUGCCCGGUGACCUGCGAUGGUGGCAUCCGGGUGAAGCAGCGAAGCAAGAAGCAGCACGAGCAGAGCGGCGGGCUCCCUUGUGCCGGCAACGAUACGGCGCGGGAGUUCUGCAACUCCGAGCCCUGCCCGGUGGACUGCAGCUUCGGCUUGUGGGAGGAGUGGAGCGACUGCUCCACGACCUGCGGCCUGGGCCAGCGCUUCCGCACGCGAGUGAAGAGUGCGGAGCUCUACGGGGGCAGGCCCUGCGAGGAGGCCAUGAUGCAGACCGGGGGCUGCGGCAGCGCCAACGAGACGCCCGGCUGCCCCUUGCUCACGGCACCGACGACCACCGCGGCCGGGACUGCGAAGGCGCAGCAGGGCGAGCAGGGCGAGCAGGGCGAGUGGGGAUCGAGCAGCGGCGGCGCCUACAACCCAAACGCUCACGGGAAGCAGCAUGAGAUCCCGCAUGCUGACGACUUGCUGAAGAACUUCAGCAUCGUGAAGGAUCCACGUGGAAUUCCAAGCACCACGACCACGGAGACGACCACAAGCCCACCGGUGCCUUGCACGAAAGACCAACUCGAGGCAGCAUUGAAAAAGUACGAUGACUCGGAUACCAAGACGCUCGACGAGGUGGUCGAAGACCUCACUGGCCACAAACCGACGGAGGCUCCGGCACCGGAGCGCCCUUCGUCCAACGUCUCGCAGCGCGAGCCCGCGGAGCCCGCGGACGAGGUGGCCGAGGAGGCUCUCCACGCCAUCGCCCAGCAUCCAGAAAAGGCAGAAGCCGUGCAGGCCGUCAUGAACGCCUCGCUCUCGCCCGGCCUCACGACGCUCUCCGAGCUUAUGGACGUCCUGAAGGCGCUGCCAAGGAGUCCCGCUAUCGACAUGCUGGUGGCAAACCUCACGGCGCAGCUGGCCAACAUGAACAUGACCGCUGAGCAGGCUUUGCAGGCCUCACCGCAGACCUUGGACACCUACCUGGUGGAACGGGCGCGGCAGCUCAUCGACGACGCCAUGAAGGACCGGUCCGGAGGCGAGCUGGAAACAAUCAGGAACCUCUCCGCUGCAGCGGCGGCCGCACCGAUGACGGAGGCAUCGAAAAACUUCACGGUGCCGUUCUUCACCGGCAAGGACGGAAAGCAUGUCCUCGCUGAAGUUGGAGGUGAUCUGGCCUUGGACGUCCAGGACGCCGACCGCUUCGUUUCCAGCUCUGAUGUGAAGGUCGCCAUGAUGAAGGCCGUGGCGGCAUUGGCGAAUUGCCAGGUCUCUGACGUCAAGGUGGACCUGACCAUCCCCAAAGCCAUCCUUCUGGCCCUCUGGAGACGCAAGGCCGCGGGCAACGUGAACGUGGCCUACCUCAUCGAGGUGGUGCAGGGCUCCGCCGCCGGCAUCGCCGAGCGGAUCUCCAAGCAGGACAUCAACACCGUCACCGGCCAGAUCCGUGGGCAGUUGGAAGCCGCUGGUGCCAACUUCACGCUGCGCGCCACCAGCCUCAGUGUCACCAUACUGCCUGUGGCCGACCUGGAAGGGGACGGCCUUGCGAGUGCCGAGAAGGUGGUCUCCGUGCAGCGCCACAACGCCUCCGCGGCCCAGGGCUCCGUCCAGGUGGAGGAUGCUGUGGUGGAGCCUGUUGCCGACAGCAAAGUGGCCUCACCAGAUUCGCCGAUGGUGGAGACGGCGCAGCAAGCGGCCCAGGCCACCGUGAGCAUGGCCGCGGCCGCCGUGCAGGAGUCGGAGCCCGAGACUGAGACGGGCGAGGAGGAGAAGGACUCGGAUUUGCCGAAGGGCGGCUCGCUGCUUCGCUGUGUCAGGCCCCUCAGCCUGCUGGUGCUCUGGGCAGUCAGCUGA